AUGAGCUGUUCCUGCUCCCGAUUCCCGACGCCAUCCCCGUCCCCAUCCCCAUCCCUGGUCCCGGCCCCCAUCCCCACCCCUGUCCCUGUUCCCGUCCCCGUCCCU